GAAAAAGUACAAAAUGUUAAAUAAACUACAAUUUAAUAAUAUGGUAAUAUCCAAUAAAAAGGGUAUACAACAGGCAAGAAUACAGACUAUCAACAAACUCGUGCACAAAAUACGUAAACUAAAGACCCUGUUGGAAAAAAGGCCGGAGGAUAGCAAGUGCAAGGAAAGAAUACGUAAAUCAACCGAGACCAUGGAACAUCUAAAGAAACUGAAACGUGCUGAAAUCAUGAAAUGUGUUUUGUUACUGGAGAAACCUCCCGCAGCAGUGAUUACAAAUGGUUCAUCCACACCCGAUGAAAUGGCGGCAGCAUUGCUGGCAAUGAACAAAGUUAUGCAGGGUUUAAUAAAACGUUUCAAAUUAGAGUUAAAGCUUGAGGAUAGUGAUAGUGCCAUAUGGAAGGAAGAGCUUAGGGAAAAUAGUAAAAGACGACAAAAAAUCGAACGGACUGAAGAGAAGAAACGCAAGCGACAAGCUCUUAAGGAACAAAAGGCAAUGGCACGCAAUCGUCAAGAAUGGUUGGAACAAAAUUGCCCAACUGAAGGCAAUGAUGAAGCUAAUGAUGGGGACGUAAAGAAUAACAGCAUAUCUACGGUAUCUGGUUGGAAAAUCGAAGAAGUGGAAGAAAAUAUUUUACCAAAGGAAAUACAAGAAAAUAAAAAGCAGCCCAUUGUAGUAAAAGAAACCCCGAAAGUGAAAAGACCCACACAGGUUGUGAAUGGCAAACCACCGAAAAAAGAAGUUCCACAAAAGAAACCAAGACUGGAAAUUAAAACACCAGUUGUAAAAGUCCAAGAAAAUAUUGAAUCAGAACAUGAGUCCGAUCAAGAAAGCAUAGCCGACGAAAGUUUCAAACCAAGUGAAGAUAGUGCCAAUGAAUCUGAAACUGAGGAAACCACACAUGUCGUUGAUCCAUUCUUUGUUACGGAAACUGGGGAAAAUUAUCUUUCAACUGCUGUUGUAAAUAAAAAUGCCGCAGAAGAUAACCAUGAAGUGGAGGAAAAAGAUCGACAUUUGAUACAAUUAAAUGGUUCCAAAAAAGUUGGUAAUGAUAAUAGAAGACAAGACCAGCAAUCACGUUUCAAUGACAAACGGAAACCAUGGUCAAAUGACCAAAGGCAACAAAAACCAUGGAAUAAUGAUCAAAGACAACAAAAGUCAUGGCCGAAUGACCAAAGACAACAAAAACCUGAUAUAAAGAAAAAUGUGGAUAACAAUAAUGAAAAGCUGCAUCCAUCAUGGGCUGCCAAACAAAAACUUAAACCUGUAAUAACUGGCUUCCAGGGAAAGAAGAUUGUAUUUGGUGAAGAUAAUGAUACGAAAGAGGUGAAAGGCAAUAAUAAUAAAUCCUUUAACAAUGCAAAUAAGGCACCCAAGGAAAAUAAAACACAAAAUCAAAGCCAAGACAAUCUGCAUCCAUCCUGGGCAGCAAAACAGAAACUAAAGCCUGUUAUAACAGCUUUCCAAGGUAAAAAAAUCUGUUUUGACAAUGAUGACUAAAAAAAUA